CGAGGGCUGGGAUUAAAGGCGUGCGCCACCAACGCCCGGCUUCUCCCAUCUCUUUAAGCAAAUUCAAAGGCUUAUGCUCCCUUUUCUUCCAAAUGUGCACACUGUUGGUCAUUCAUUGCUUCUGGACAUGAACGCUCCCGGAGAAAGCCAUCUCUUAAGAUGAGGACAUCAUUGUGUGUGUUUGGAAGUGUAUGGCUGUGGCAGAAUUUCUCCUCAUUCCCUAAGAACUUCUUUUCAGGAAGAAGUGCGAUGUUCAGUAACAGCUCUCCUGGGAUGGGGACUAAGGGCAGGUGAAAAAGCCGAAGAGUGGUCUUUAACCCAUUUUAAGUGCUGCUAUUGUUAAUCACAAUCAUACAGUUUUUAACUCUCCAAAAUAAACCUAAAGGUAGUUUGGAGGUGAGCCUGUAUAAAAAGCUUCCUUUUACUUCUUGUAUUUGUCCCCCCUCCCUUUUUUUUUUUAAAGGAAAUAAGUGAUAGUUUAUUCUGGAGUAAUGCUGAUUGGUCACUUUCUUUAACUUCCUGAUGGCCUUUAGCAGAGCUGUGGCAGGAAACUGUGGGCAAAGAAAUAUGGGUUUGGUGUUGUUAUGCACUUAGGGCCAGAUCCCAACCUCUGGUAUCCCUCUCUCCUUCCUGUCUUUAUAAACACUGAUUUGUUUAUGGCCCUAUUAUCCCUUUAUGGCUUUUAGGCACCAGUUCUGGUUUUUUGUUUUUUCAUUUUCAGACCUCUAAGGCCAACCCCAACCUCUCUACUAGUGUGAGGGACACUGUUGGGUGGAGCUUACAGCCUUUAAGGAGAGAAAUAUGUCUGUAGGUCCAAAGGUAGCCUAAUCCCUCUACAUCCUCUGAAAAGGGGUCCAGGAAGUCCAUUGCCCUUGGUAGGUGACAAGUCUAAAGAACAGGCUUGCUCUAGCUCCCAGAUGCACCACCCAGAUUGGCCUUAUUCCUCCUGUUUCAGCUUUCCUUUCCCUCUUGGCCUGAGUUUACACCCACUGGGACUACUUUCCCUUCCUGGGUCCUCCCUCUUGUCCACAGCUGUUGUGGCUGAGGAUGCUAAUGGCCCAGGUUCCCUGGGGCUGCCACCUCACUCACUGUCUGGUGGGGGUGGGGAUGGUCUGGGCUGUAAGAGACAUGCUAAACUCUAGAUAACCCUUUCCAGCAGCCUCUGUUUUCUCCUCUAUCCUCCUAACCUUCCUGGCUUCCUGCUCACUUUGGCUAGCUCAUGUCAGUUUGGAUUGAUCCAGAGUUCCUCUUAACUCCUUCCUUUCUUCUUCUUAUUCUUCCAUCUUUCUCUCCUACCCGGCACCUUCAUCCUUCCCAGAUGGAUGUUUGUAUUAGGCAAGGGAGAGUGGCUGGGUAGCACACAUUGUGUGGGGAGGUGUCUCUGCCCCUCUGAGUCUGUGAGUCAGCAGUGUCCUUGGGAUUGGUCUCUCUCCUUAGUUCCCCGCCUCUGGGGAGGAGCCAGUCAGCUCUGGGUCCAGCCUGUACUCCUCAGCCAUAAGAGGCUUCCUCGCCGGGCUGGGCGAGGAUGUGGCUUGAAGCUGUCUAGGUCUGACGUGGGAGAGCAGAGGUCACUUGUCCUUCGCCUCUCUAGGUCCUCUGUUAUCACCGGGCUGCAGAGGUCAGACCAGGCUAAGGGCCUGGGGAUGCCCCCUGCCUGGCCCCCUUGCCUGACUUUGGCAGGGGGGCCGGGCUGGGCCAGGCAGCAGCCCCCCUUCUCAACCCAGCCAUGGAUCUUCUACCUCCCAAGCCCAAGUACAACCCACUUCGAAAUGAGUCUCUGUCAUCGCUGGAGGAGGGGGCUUCAGGGUCUACCCCUACAGAAGAGCUGCCUUCCCCGUCAGCCUCAUCCCUGGGACCCAUUCUGCCUCCUCUGCCUGGGGACGAUAGUCCGACUACUCUGUGUUCCUUCUUUCCCCGGAUGAGCAACCUGAAGCUGGCCAAUCCUUCUGGGGGUCGCCUGGGGCCUAAGGGGGGGCCAGGAAAGACUGCUGAAGAUGGGGAAGGGAAUGCAGGGCCAGCCCUUAGGGACUCAGGCCUCUCGCCCCUCCUCCAGGACAUGAACAAGCUGAGCGGAGGCGGCGGGCGCAGGACUCGGGUAGAAGGGGGCCAGCUGGGGGGCGAGGAGUGGACCAGACACGGGAGCUUUGUCAAUAAGCCCACGCGAGGCUGGCUGCACCCCAACGACAAAGUCAUGGGACCUGGGGUUUCCUACUUGGUUCGGUACAUGGGUUGUGUGGAGGUCCUGCAGUCAAUGCGAGCCCUUGACUUCAAUACCCGGACUCAGGUCACCAGGGAGGCCAUCAGCUUGGUGUGUGAAGCGGUGCCUGGUGCCAAAGGAGCAACACGGAGGAGAAAGCCCUGUAGCCGCCCACUCAGCUCUAUCCUGGGGAGGAGUAACCUGAAGUUUGCUGGAAUGCCAAUCACUCUCACUGUGUCCACCAGCAGCCUUAACCUCAUGGCAGCAGACUGCAAACAGAUCAUUGCCAACCAUCACAUGCAAUCUAUCUCAUUCGCGUCUGGUGGGGAUCCGGACACAGCUGAGUACGUUGCCUAUGUUGCCAAAGACCCCGUAAAUCAGAGAGCCUGCCAUAUCCUGGAGUGUCCUGAAGGGCUUGCGCAGGACGUCAUCAGCACCAUCGGCCAGGCCUUUGAGCUGCGCUUCAAACAGUAUCUCAGGAACCCACCUAAGCUGGUCACCCCCCAUGACAGGAUGGCUGGCUUUGCUGGCUCAGCCUGGGACGAGGAGGAGGAAGAGCCACCUGACCAUCAGUACUACAAUGACUUCCCAGGGAAGGAACCCCCUCUCGGUGGGGUGGUAGACAUGAGGCUUCGAGAAGGGGCUGCUCGACCCACUGUGCCCACUGCUCAGGUGCCCAGCCACUUGGGAGCUACACUGCCUGUAGGGCAGCAUGCUGCAGGAGACCCUGAAGUCCCUAAACAGAUGCUGCCUGCACCACCUUGCCCAGGCAGAGAGCUCUUCGAUGACCCUUCCUAUGUCAACAUCCAGAAUCUAGACAAGGCCCGGCAAGCUGGGGGUGGGGCUGGGCCUCCCAAUCCUUCCGUUAAUGGCAGUGCACCCCGCGACCUCUUUGACAUGAAGCCCUUUGAAGAUGCCCUUCGGGGGCCUCCACCCCCUCAGACCAUGUCCAUGGCCGAGCAGCUCCAAGGGGAGUCCUGGUUCCAUGGGAAGCUGAGCCGGCGGGAAGCAGAAGCUCUGCUGCGGCUCAAUGGUGACUUCUUGGUUCGAGAGAGCACAACCACACCUGGCCAGUAUGUGCUCACUGGCCUGCAGAGUGGGCAGCCCAAGCACCUGCUUCUGGUGGACCCUGAAGGUGUGGUUCGGACAAAGGAUCACCGCUUUGAGAGUGUCAGCCACCUCAUCAGCUACCACAUGGACAAUCACUUGCCCAUCAUCUCCGCGGGCAGUGAACUGUGUCUACAGCAACCCGUGGAUCGGAAAGCGUGAUCCUCAGUCUUUCCCGGAUGCCCUCCAUCCCUUUCUACCGUGUCCUCUAACUCCUGGGACCUCUGUUCUGUGGGGCUGGCCUUGGGUGCCCACCGGAGAGAGGGGGCUUUAGAUAGGAACCUGGGGUAGCACCCUGCUUCUGCCCAAACCUCACCAAAGUAUUAAUGUACAGAGUGGUCCCUUGCCUGGGCCCUGUCUGUGCCAGCCUGAUGCGCUUUCCCCCAGAGGGUAGGUUCUUACAGUGGAAAAUGCGCUGGGGUGAUAGGCCCAGUGGAGCAAGUGCCCUUUGGGGAAGGGAAAUAUCAUACCUCUGGUUUACCCCUGGUCUUCAGGGUACCCCAGAUCCCUCAUAACAUACCCUACUCCCUAUGCAUCCCCUUACAACUCUGUGCCUUUGACUGUCUCCUAGGUGUGUAGGUACUCUCUGCAGAGUUCUCAGGCCCUUCAUUGUAGAGAGGGGGUGCUGACACCUCGGCUUCCGGAAUCCUGUCAUGCUCAGCACCUCUCUGUGUUUGGGAAGAAUGGGGGCAGGAGUGGCAGCUACCUCCUCUGCCUUUUGGUUGUGCAGCCCUUAAGAGAGUGCCCCAAGCCGGGCUUGGUGGCACAUGCCUUUAAUCACAGCACCCAGGGGGCAGAGAUGAGGAUUUGUAAGGCCAGGCUGGUCUACAACAGAGUUCCAGGACAGCCAGGGCUAUGUAGAGAGACCCUGACUCCAAAACCAAAGAGAGACAAGAGAGAUAGCCCCAGGGCCCCCUCCUGGUGGCGGAGGGGGGGCAGAAUUGGACCCCUGCCUUGCUCAGUGCCUCCUGGCCUUGAUCCCUAUCCUCCCAGGGGUCUCUACAUUUCUUAAGCCUGCCCCUCCCACGUUUGCUCCUGUGUUACAGUCUACAGCCAAAGUAUAGCCUUCCUGCAACCCCAUCCGGUCUCGCACUUUUGGGAUGGGUGUGCGUGGCUGACAUGUGCCUCCAGUAUGUGUACGGCUAACCUCGGGGUUGCGGAGGCAUUGAGACCGAAGCAGUGGACAAUCCUCAAUUCCAUUUGUAGGUCUGGAACUGCACUCUGUGUUGUUAACACACAUACAUUUUAGGGCUGUAGAUUUUUUUCCUGGUUUUGUUUCUGUUGUUUACUUUUGAGCACAAAGUAUGAUAGUCGAUUACAUUUAUAUAUCACCUUGAGUUUUCCAAACUUUUUUUUUAAAUACAACUGUUGGGAUUUUACUCUCUCUGGCCUAAAAAUAAAUAGGACAGAAUUCCUUUUUCUUCUUCCUCAAGAGACCUGAGCGGAAGUUUGGUUAAACAGUAUUGUGGGGUCAUGAUGUGAAAGCUAAUGUCAAACCCUACCUUCUGCUUGCGGGCCUUGCGGGCUGAUACAGCUAGGACAGAAAGAAACUUUAGAAGCGCACCUGUAAGGCCUUGUGGACAUGGGGUGGGGGUGUAAGACUGGUUUUCAGUCUUGGCCGUCGCCUACUUUUGGUUUGGAUGCUUUAUACCAAAGGGAAAUAGUCUUCAUUAAAGUCCGUAUUUCUUCUA